AAAAAUAAAAAUCAACAAACAAGCAUUACCCGAAAUGAACACUUUCCAUUAUAGCAUUUUUAGUGUCGCUUCCAAAAAAUAGCAUCUAGAAAAUGGCCUCUCUCCCUCUCUCUCUCACGCUCUCCUUCAGCUCUUUUUACUGGAGAUUCCCCCUGCCAUGGUUUUAAGAAUGCUGUCCUCCUCGUACACGAUCAAGAGAAUCUCUGAUCUUGUUAUUUAAAGCUCGCAACUAAACGAAACGCUGCAUGAGCACUGGACUCCAGGGCCUUCUCGUUGUUCGCGCUUGCUUCCACAAACCUCCUACUGAAGCAAACUAAUUCUCCGAUUUCCCUGUUAAUUUCUGACUGCUCCGCCUCCAGCAUAAAAAUGCUGACCUGUAUAGCUCGUUCUAAACAACCUGGUGAUGACUCGCUGAGUCAACCCCAUGCCGGCUCAGCCACCACCACCAAUCAUCCCUCCGCUGCCAAACAACACCAAGCCAUCAAAUCCCUCACUUCUCAGUUAAAGGAUAUGGCAUUAAAGGCAUCAGGUGCAUACCGCCACUGCAACCCAUGCACGGUGCCAACAACAACAACAACAACUCAGAGUCGACUCAGGAACAACUGGACUGCAUCAGACGCAGAGUCGGAGAGACUCAGGUGGCCGCUGCAGAGGACGGGAAGCUCGAGCUCGAUAACACCGCGUACGUGGGGAAAAGAGAUGGAGGCGAGGCUGAAAGGUAUAUCGAGCUCCAGCGGUGAAGGGACCCCGAAUUCGGUAAAUAGCAGCGGGCGUCGGGUCGACCCGCCGAUAGCUUUCGUGGAAGAAAAGGAGCCUAAAGAAUGGGUGGCCCAAGUGGAGCCCGGUGUACUCAUCACCCUAGUUUCGCUUCCAAGGGGAGGGAAUGAUCUCAAGCGGAUACGCUUCAGUCGAGACAUGUUUAACAAGUGGCAAGCUCAAAGAUGGUGGGCAGAGAACUACGACAGGAUCAUGGAGCUUUACAAUGUUCAGAGGUUUAACUGCCAAGCUUUUCCACUUCCGCCACCCCCAAGAUCCGAGGAUGAGAGCUCAAAGAUGGAAUCUGCAGAAGACAUCCCUGUAACACCACCACUGAAUAGAGAGCGGUUACCUCGUAAUUUGUAUCGUCCAACAGGGAUGGGAAUGGGCUACUCAUCCUCUGAUUCACUUGACCAUCACCCAAUUCAGGCUCGUCAUUACUGUGACUCUACUGGUCUCACCUCCACCCCAAAACUCUCCAGCAUCAGUGGAGCUAAGACGGAAACAUCUUCAAUGGAUGCAUCUAUAAGAAGUAGCUCAUCGAGGGAGGCUGAUUGCUCAGGUGAGCUCUCCAUCAGCAAUGCCAGUGAUAUGGAAACUGAAUGGGUUGAACAGGAUGAACAAGGUGUUUACAUCACUAUAAGAGUCUUGCCAGGUGGUAAAAGAGAGAUCAGACGAGUCAGAUUCAGCCGAGAAAGAUUCGGGGAGACGCAUGCCAAAGUGUGGUGGGAAGAGAACCGAGCCAGGAUACAUAAACAAUACAUGUGAUUGAGCAAACACAGUGGCUACUUGUUCUUUAGAAUGGUGGGGCUCUCUCUCUCUCUCCCUCUCUCUCUCUCGCUCUGCCUGCCAUACCAGUAGAAUCCCUUCCAUUAGAUUUCCGAACAGGUGCUGCAGCUACCUCUUGAUUUUGGGUGCCACGUACUCUGUCCUUCUCUCCAAAUUGUGAAGUUUACUAGCCUCCUAACAACAUUAGCAUGUUGUAGGGGAGGGGAUCCUGGACUUAAAUUAAUAUUUUUAACACUUUCUUUUGAUUA